AUGGCUGCUUCAACGUCAACGGAUCGCGCGGAGGAAGUCAAGAGCCUCCUGAGCGCCGUCGAAGAUCUUCUGAUCCCCUUCAUUCGCAGCGCGGAUACGGACCGUUUUGACUCCAAGUCCCUGACCCCGAACGAUCACAAUGGCACAUCGCUAGUCGAGUACAAAAAGCCCGAGGAGCUUCAACAAUUACUUCAGUUGAGCCUGCCGCAGGAAGGCAGCGGGCAAGAUGGGCUGGUGGACGUGCUCCGUCAGGUUCUCCGCUACUCGGUCAACACCUGGCACCAGGGCUUCCUCGACAAGCUGUACGCCUCGACGAACGCGCCGGGCGUCGCAUCGGAGCUGAUCCUGGCCACGCUUAACACCAAUAACCACGUCUACCAGGUCUCGCCGGCCCUGAGCAUCAUUGAGAAGUACACGGGACAGCGACUGGCGCGGCUCUUCGGCCUCAGCGGGCCCCGCGCCGGCGGCAUCUCCGUGCAGGGCGGGUCGGCGUCCAACACGACCUCCAUCGUGAUCGCGCGCAACACCCUGUACCCCGACACCAAGCGCGAGGGCAACGGGUCGUACCGCUUCGUGGUCUUCACCAGCGCGCACGGGCACUACAGCAUCGAGAAGGCGGCGCAGAUGCUGGGGCUGGGCAGCAGCGCGGUGUGGGCGGUGCCCAUCGACAAGCAGGGGCGCAUGAUCCCGGCGGAGCUGGAGCGGCUAGUCCAGCAAGCUCUAGCGGAGAAGCGCACGCCGUUCUACGUCAACGCGACGGCCGGCACGACGGUGCUGGGGUCGUUCGACCCGUUCGUCGAGAUCGCAGCCAUCUGCAAGCGGUACAAGCUGUGGAUGCACGUGGACGGGUCGUGGGGCGGGUCGUUCAUCUUCUCGGCGCAGCAGCGGCACAAGCUGGCGGGCGCCGAGCAAGCCGACAGCAUCGCGAUCAACCCGCACAAGAUGCUGGGGGUGCCGGUGACGUGCUCGUUCCUGCUGGCGGCGGACCUGCGGCGCUUCCACCGCGCCAACACGCUCCCCGCGGGCUACCUGUUCCACAACGCGGACACGGCGGCGGACGACGACAACACCACAGCCCUGGACGCGGCCGUCGACUCGCCCGAGGUCUGGGACCUGGCCGACCUGACGCUGCAGUGCGGUCGGCGCCCCGACGCGCUCAAGCUCUUCCUGGGCUGGACCUACUACGGCACCGCCGGCUACGAGCGCCAGAUCGAUUCCGCCUGCGCCGUCGCCGCCCACCUCGCCACUCUGGUCCAGCAAAACGACAACUUCCGCCUCGUCAGCGAGAACCCCACCCCGUGCCUGCAGGUCUGCUUUUACUACGCCCCGCGCCGCGAGAUGGUCUACCCGCGCGGGCCCGUCACCUCGCCCGCCGCUGAAGCAGACCGCGCCAAGGCCAACAGCAAGGUCACCGAGCAGAUCACCCACGCCAUCGUCAGCAAGGGCUUCAUGGUCGAUUUCGCCCCGCCCAGCAGCGACGAGGAUGCCGUCGGCGACGGCAAGUUCUUCCGCUGUGUGGUCAAUGUGCAGACCUCCACCGAGACGGUCGAGGCGCUGCUCGGCGCCAUCGAGCAGGUCGGUCCCGCCAUCGUGGAGAAGCUCAAGGCGGAAGACCACAAGCGUCGCGCCGAGUUCCCGCAGCGGAGACUCGCGGAAAGAGGGCAUGGGCCCGUCGUACAUCACUAGAUCGGCCUCAUCCUCGCCUCUGGGAACCGGGACAUUCGUACAAACAAUUUCGAGUACAUACAUCUACAGCAUGGUAGACCUGGUUCACAGAUACUGUACAGGUCAAGGGUCAAGAAAAGACACAGAAACUC